AUGAAAAUUUAACAAGAAAAUUCAGGAGGAAAUUAAUAGGAUCAAUAAUAAUAAAAUCUCAAUCAAUAACAUCUUCGUUUAUUAUCUGUAAAUACAUUAAUAUUAUUUUAAUAGAACAAUAUUGACCAAAUUAAUUAAGCGUAACUACUUUCCUCAUAGGUGUUUAAUACCCAAUAAUUUAGAAAUGAAUAAAAAUUUUAAUAGAAUUAAUAAAAUACACUAAGUAGAAACUCUCAAAUUAGAAUAACAAACAAUAAUUUAAUUUUUAUAUAAAAUGAACCAUCACUUACUCUGUAAUAAUAAUAGCAUUCAUAAAAACCAUUAAAUUUUCCAUAAAAUUCUUAAAUUCAAUAAUGUAUUAUGCAAUCAUAAAAUAUUAGUGGAAUUAAUUUAAAUCAAUAAAAUUAAAGUUUUAUUAAUCUUCAAAGGCAGAAUAAAAGUGAAAUUUAAUUAACAAAUAAUCUGCCUAAAAUUAAUUAAACUUAAUAAUAAUAGCAAUAAUAAUAAUAAUAAUAAUAAUAAUAACAAUAAUAAUAAUAAUAACAAUAAUAAUAAUAAUAAUAAUAAUAAUAAUAAUAAUAAUAAUAAUAAUAAUAAUAAUAAUAAUAAUAAUAAUAAUAAUAAUAAUAAUAAUAUUAGUUAUUCUCUAUACCAAUUAGAUCCACAUAAGAUAAUAUCAAUUUACAAACACAAAAUCGAAAUAAUCCAUCUUCAAUUUAAUUCUAAAAUACGAGUCAAUUGAUUACCUAAUUUAGCACUAAUAACAGAGAACCAUUUAGAAUGCAUUCCAUUAAUCCUUAAUAAAGACAAAAUAUGUUCCCAGAUGAUAGCGAUGAAUCAAUUAAUGAAGAAGUAGUGUAUGAUGUAAGUGGAUUAAAUAAUUUUGAUUUACUAAAAAACUACACAGAUGAGGAAGUUAAUUAAAUGAAUGAUGAAUAAAUCUUUUAAUACUUUUGGAAUAAAUAAAUUUUGGAAAAUCAUACCAAUGAGCCUAAUUAAUAAUUAUAAAUGAUGAUAAAAGAAUAAGAUAAAUAUGAUAAUUAAUGUGUAAUUUGUUAGGAGGCCAUGAUUGAUAAUGAUGAGAAAAGAAUUUUAGUUUGUUUACAUAAAUUUCAUAGUUAUUGCAUAUCUACUUGGCUUCAAUGUAAAUCCUAAUGCCCUAUAUGUAAAGCACGUGUCUGA